GGAUUUUAUAUCGUGGAAAGCAAGAUUUUCCGGUGUUAUUGGGAUUAAAACAUCCUUGGGAAGCCCAUGGCCAUCAUCAUGGUCAUCAUUUACCAAUAAAAGACUCAAUUUUAUUGAAUGAAGAAAAGAGUUAA